AGAGCCUUGGCUUCGGCUCCUUUCUCACCCCAAGGGCUCACUCUGGGGAAAAGAGCUGCUGUGUUGUGCAAAGAGGUUCCAAGGGAGGAAACAGCCGCUGAAAGAAGCCUGGAACCAGACCCUCCAGCCAUGGACACGCCUCAGACACCUGCAGCCCCAAGGACAUCUGUAAUAGCCUACUCAAAGUGCUCAAUAGCUUUCACAUGAGACCCCGGAACUUCUCUACUUUGGAACCAGUACCACAUUUCUUAGGAUAUGUGACGUUCUUGUCACCUCCUCUAGCUAUUAACAGGAUCUGGAUAAAUUCCCCAGGCAAGACUCAGGUUUGGAACCCUCCUGCCUCAGCCUCCCUAUGCUGAGAUUGGCUUGGAUUCCAGGAGGCAGAGGAUCACCCUUCGGGCUCUGGCCAUCCAGAGUGAGGAACUGAUGACCCUCAAGCAUGUGGCUGGGGACUUCAGAGAAGAGUGGGUCACCUGGACACUGCUUAGAGAAUCCUCCACAAGGAUGCCACCCAACUCAGUUAAAAGAAUGGGCUCUCAGAGGACUUUCUAGACCUAGAUCAAUACCCCCGCUGGAGCAGAGGGAAGUGCCAUGGGUCCUGCCACUCCAGAGCUUUGAGGCCAGGAGGAUCCUAAGGGGAAGUCACCCAGACUUUGAGCAUCAGGUGACAAAACUCCAUCAGGACAUUUCUGAAGCAGCAGAACAGUACAGAACAUCCUCAGGAAGGACCAGGGAAAAUAUUUCUCAUAUUCACAGUUGGGGAGGAAACUGUGAAAAGGCCCUGGACUCGGAAGGACCACAUGGGAGCCUACCGGGAGAGGGCCAGAGGUGGCCCUCUGCCCAGGAGAGGGAUUUGAACAAGCUCCUGGGUGGGUAUGUGGGGCAGAAGCCUAUGUGCACAGAAUGUGGGAAAAGCUUUAGCCAGAGUUCCUAUCUCAUGAGACAUCUAAGGACUCACAGUAGCGAGAGGCCUUACAAGUGCAUUGAGUGUGGGAAAGGCUUCAAGCAGAGCUCAGACCUGGUCACUCAUGGCAGAACACACACAGGCGAGAAGCCGUACCAAUGUCAUGGGUGUGAGAAAAGGUUCUGUGACAGCUCCACACUCAUCAAACAUCAGAGGACCCACACCGGGGAGAGGCCCUACAAGUGCCCAGAGUGUGGGAAGAGUUUUGGGCGGAAGCCCCACCUCAUCAUGCACCAAAGAACACACACGGGAGAGAAGCCCUAUAGGUGCCUCAAGUGUCACAAGAGCUUUAGUCGAAGCUCAAAUUUCAUCACCCACCAGAAGAUCCACACUGGGGUGAAGCCUUACAGGUGCAGUGACUGUGGGGGCGGUUUCAGCCAGAGCUCGGAUUUAAUUAAGCACCAACGAACCCACACUGGGGAACGGCCUUUUCAGUGCCCAGAGUGCAGGAAGGGCUUCCGGGACAGUUCUCAUUUUGUAGCUCACAUGAGCACUCACUCAAGUGAAAGACCUUUCAGUUGUUCCGACUGCCACAAAAGUUUCAGUCAGAGCUCACAUUUGGUCACGCACCAGCGGACACACACAGGUGAGAGACCCUUUAAGUGCACCGAGUGUGGGAAAGGAUUUGCUGACAGCUCUGCGCUCAUUAAGCACCAGCGGAUCCACACAGGAGAAAGACCCUACAAGUGUGGCGAGUGUGGGAAGAGCUUCAACCAGAGCUCUCACUUCACGACACAUCAACGCAUCCACUUAGGAGACAGACCCUACCAUUGUCCCGAGUGUGGCAAGACCUUCAACCAGCGUUCCCAUUUCCUCACGCACCAGAGGACACACACAGGAGAAAAACCUUUCCACUGUGGUAAAUGUGACAAGAGCUUCCGGCAGAAAGCGCAUCUUUUGUGCCAUCAGAACACCCAUUUGGUUUAGGAAAUGUUCUUCAGUGGUUCUUUGCUCCCUUCUAAAUUUUAGGUGCCACUGUCUUCAGAUCCCCUAAAGAAAGAAAACCUGAAUAUGGGUAGCUCAAAUCAGAACCCAGUCUGUUCUCUCUUUUUGGUGUUACAAUGAACAGGACAAACUCAAAGGGCCUAGAUAGUGUUCUGAACACAAACCAUUCCUUCAGUGUGGGUUAACCACCUUUUAGGGAAAUUCAGGUUUAAUGGUUGCUGCCUGACUAAGUGAGAGGGGAAGGAAAUGUGGCCUGCAGAUCUCAUGGAAACCAUCUAGGAGGUGCUCAGUAUUGAUGAUUAGUAUUUGAAGGCUGGGCUGUAUGUGUAGCUUAGUAGUAGAGCACUUGCCUGGUGUGCACAAGGCUCUGAGUUUAAUCUGUAGCACUAAAAAGCAAAAAAACAAAAAACUGAGGUCAUCUGUAAGGCCUUUAAUGUAAUGCUUGGCCCUUAAAAAGCUACUCAAGGGCCUGGGAUUUAGCUCAAUGGUUUCGCUGCCUGCUGUGCAAGCGCAAGGACCAGAGUUUGAUCCCCGGUACCAAAAAAAAAAAAAAGACACUCAAUACAAGCUUGGUUGUUUUUAAUCAGCCUUAUUACUCAAUAAGGAAUUUAUUAGUGUGUCCACCCAAGUCCAGAAUUUGCAGAAAAGUAGACUGGAACCAGAAGGUUUGGUGGUCUCAACACAUAGAUUUAAUAAAAUGGAGAGUCUAUCCCAGUCUACUGGUGUACAGGCUUUAGUCACAGUUGUCCCAGUGCCAUGAUGAAGCAGAAUUAGCCUAAAGGAGAUUGUGGUUUUGUGACUUAGAGGCUGGAAGAAUCUCGGAAGCUCUUUGUACAGCAGUGUGUGUGGUGGAGUUUUCUGUAGGCCUGCUGUCAUCUGAGGCAUAGGAAGUAUCCUGUGAUGAACCAGCCAGGGGGAGCAGGAGAAAGAUUAUAAAAUCCUAGAAGCAAAAUUGCUGAGAAUGUCAAGUGAUAUUACAGGGCUGCUUCCUAGCAUUUAACUGAAGGAAGCUAGUCCUGUUUGCUAAUUUGCUGGAUUAGCGUAGCCCUUUGGUUUUAGGUUGAAGCAAUUCUGAUCCUUUUAGGGCCAUUCAUUUUAUGUACCAGUACUUUCCUAUAUUUAAUUGAAAUAAGUUGAGGGAAGUCAAGAUAGUAGGUUGGAAAGAUCACUGGGUUUCUUUAAGAAGCAAAAAUGUUUGAGUCCUGACUCUGACACUUAAUUUUGCCAGACCCUCACCUCUCGGCACCAAGUUCUACCUUACCUCACCUACCUCACAAGCUGGUAGUGAGGAUCUAAAACACACACACUCACAGUAGUUAAAUUGUAAAUGUAACAUCUCUAAAGUUUAAUGUUAUAGUAUUAUUGCUAAAGUCUUUUCCCUCAAGGUCUGACUCUUUCUUCAGGUGUCCCAUAUUCUCCUCCAAUGACAGAAUUAUCUUUAAUCUGUUGAAAACUAAGGUAUGAAAAUGCUAGCCAAGGGCUGGGAAUGUAGCUCAGUGGUGCAACAUCUGUCUGGCAAGUUCGAGUCCAUAAGUUGGAUUCCAAGUACCAAAAAAUAAGGGAAAAAAAUGCCAGCCAAGUGUGGCGCCACACACCUAUAAUCUCAGCACUCAGGAGGCUGAGGCCGCAAGAUCACAGUAAGUUCAAGGCCAGUCUAGGCUACAUAGUAAGUUCAAGGCCAGCCUGAAUUUAAAAAAGAAGAAGAAGCAGAAAGAAAAGAAAAGAAAAAAAGGACAAUGCUAACUGACGUGACUCAUUAUGGGUCACAUGGUUAAGAGAAGAGCCAGAUUUGCUUGCUGGCCACUAGAGUUCUAGUCUGAAGUCUCCAACAGCGUGGAUCAGACCAGCUCUUGGGAUUUGUUAGCAUGGGUCUGAGACACUACAGGACCAGAGGACCCAUAUCCACUGAGCACUGAAUCUGGCAGUGACGAAGGGAUGUACCCUGAGUCCGAGGAAGCUUUCAGGAGCCUGGGCUGGGGCACUGGAUCCUGAGGGUGAAAGUGGCAGGGAUAGAGCAGGUGCAAGGGCUGAGGAGGAGCUCUGGUGGUUAGCACUGUAGAAAGAGAAAAGUGGUAGACUGGAAGGUUUUUUCCUUCAAGCUGAAUUGUUACCUGUGCUUUAGAACAGCACUAAUUUUUUCAAUCUAAAGUUCUCUCUCUCUCCCUCUCUCUCUCUCUCUGACUUGCUUGCUGAGGAAAUCCAGUUGAACUGUAGUGUAUCCCACAGAUUUGAAUUUUGCUCACACAACACUAUUCGGUUUCUUUGACCUGCUCCUCUCUCCCCUGCUUUCCUGAUACUGGUAGUUGGUUCUAUAUACUUGAUCAAAUUCAGAUAUUAAUUUGUCAGAAACUCCAUAGAGAACUGAGGGUGUAGCUCAGUGGUGGAGCACUUGCUUAGCAUGUGCAAGGCCCUGCACUGGAUCCCUAGCACCACAAAAUAAUAAUAAUAAUAAUAAUAAUCCACAGUGACUUGUUGUUCAUCAAGAGGUAUGUAGUGUUGUCUUUUUUCUUAUAAUGUUAGCAGCCAUUAACCAUCCCUUAUUUCAUUUGCAAUUGCUAAAUGGUGAUAUUUUAUUUCUUUUUUUUUUAGACAAGAUCUCGUUAUUUAGUUCAGGCUGGGCUUGAACUCACUAUGUAGCCCAGGCUGGCCUUGAACUCUAGGCGAUCCUCCUGCCUCCACCUCCCAAGGGCUGAGAUUACAGGCAUGUGCCCCUUGGCUGUGAUAUUUUGUUUCUAUCAUUUCUCCUUCAUUUAUUAGUUGGAAUAUUUCUAUAAAGGGAAUUACCCUUUAUCUACUAUUUGGUUUUCUUGGGGUAAGAAAUAACACAACAGCUGCUUAACUAGAACUCUUUGAUUUUUUUUUUAAUAUUACUAUCUAAAUUUCAGCCUCUAUGACCCAGAUCUCUAUGCCCCUUCUAUUGAGAGAUCCUGUUCUUAUAGGAAAUUUCUUUUUUUAAAAAAUAGGAAAUUUCUAUAUAUCUGUAAAUGUCAGAAUAACUUUUGGAAUGUACCCUGUUGCUCUUUUCUUACUCCCUCCUAGUGUGUAUAGGUUCCCCAAAAUAAGAGUGCUAAAGAGCAUAGUAAAUACUUCAGUGAAUCUCUAACUUGCCAAUUAAUGUUUCCCAAUAAUAUCUUGGCCUGAAACCUGAGAGAAAACUACAUUCCUAUUAACUGAGAGUGGUUUCGUAUCCUUGUUUUGGUAAUGUGAGAGUAAACCAUCUUCAUUUAUUUUAUCUACCCAGGUAUUCUAAAUCAAAUACCAUCAGUAUGUAGACAGUUUAUAAACAUCAGAUGAGAAGGAGGGUGCUUAGCAGCAGAGGUAAGGGGUAAUUAAUGCCAUGGAUUCCUCUUGUCUCCCCAGGGAUGGAAGUGUUUGGGCCCAGGGUAGCUGCAGAAUGAGAGAGUGCGGCAGGGGAACAAGGUCCCUCAGAAGUGACAUUCCAAGGACUUGCACUGGAUUGAUAUAGGGUGUCCUGGGAAGGUAUCUGACAAGAGGGAACCAGUUAAGAGGACAUCCAAGGGACACAAAAGCUACAUUACCCAUGCAAGCCCGUUAGGGCCCUGAUUAGAGCUCAUUGUCUGUGUGUUACCCAGGGUUAGGGGGAAAACCUGGGAGCAGCACAGAAGCAGAGGUCAAAAGACUGAGCUUUGAAUUUGAGCAGCUGUUUAGCACUUGAACACUGUUCACCUUGAUAGGCCACAGUCUGGGAGUUGAAUCAGUUAAAGAUCCCUUCUGGCUCUAGCAGUUUAUAAACCUGAGACCCCAGUUCGGUUCCAUGUUGGGGGGAAGCUCUUCUACACAUGCACCUUCCUGUUCAGAGAGACCUAAGCUGAUGGCCGGGAGCCCCAUCCACUCCAGCUCUGGUGCCUUGGGUCCCCAGGUUCUUGGAGGAGAGGCCAGAACUCAUAGCUGCUAGGGCCCCUCCUACCUUGUCACGGACAUUGAGUCUUUUCCUACCUAUUUGUUUUGCAUGUCCUAUGUCUAUAGGUUGCUGAUGCUGGGAGACAUGAACUUUUGAAGAGCAAAGUAAAAUGUGAUUUGCUUUGUGCCUCUCCCAACCUGUCUUUUCUCCACACACAGAGCCAUGAGCUGGGAGGUGUUUUAUUCAGUGCUUGGUAUUGAACCCAGGACCUUGUGAAUACCAGGCAAGUGCUGCUACCCCUGUGCCACACUCCCAGCCCAAGCAGGGAAUAUUAAAGUGACCUCUUCAUCAUACUUUGCCUUUGUUUCUACCCUCUGACUGGAUGAUUCGCUUCUUGCGGAUACUCUGUGUGUCCUCCUUCCCUCACCCCAAACUCACCCAGCACUCCCAGUGACCCCUCUCAAGUUCCUCUCAUGUGAUCUCUCAAACCUCUCCAGCUCCCCUGCCACUCUCUGAUCCAAAACAACCACAAUCUCUUAUCCACAGCAGCUUCCUAACUGAUCUCAAUUUUAUUUUUACUUUUGUUUUCUUUCACAGAAGUCAGUGUGAUGUUUUAAAAUCCUAAAUCUAGGACUGGGAUAUAGCACCGUGGUACCGUGCUUCCCAGCACAUGUGAGUUUGAUCCCUAACACCACAAACAAAACCAAACCCUACAUCUAGUCACAUCCUCUCUCUGCUCAUAUCAGCAGCUUCCUAUCGCUUUUAGAAUGAAUUCUUACUCUGAUCUAAGAAGCCCCUAGGUUUAGUUUUUUCCUGCUUUUAGCUACUGCUAAUGUCACCUGGUAUGUCCCUCACAGUGCCCCAGCAAACCUAUGUUCUCUACUCUUUGGUCACACUCAGGUUGUGCAUACCUGAGAGAGUUGGUACCAACAGUGCUUUCUGCUCUGAAUAUUUCUCACCCUGAUCUUUUUGGAGGCAAAUUACAGGCAUAUGCCACCGAGCCUGGCUCUUGUUUCCUCUUUUUUUUUUUUUUUCCUCUGGUAUUGGGAAUCAAACUCGGGACCUUGCACCUGCAAGGCAAGCACAACACCACUGAGCUAAAUCCCUGGCCCUCAUUUCCUUUCUUUCAUGGUAGGUGCUCAGAAAAUGCUUACUGUUGCCUGGGUGCUGUGGCACAGGUCUGUAAUCCCAGCACUCAGGAGGCUGAGGCAGGAGGAUCAUAAAGUCAAAGCUAGCGUGGGCUACAUAAUGAGUUCAAGACCAGACUGAGCUACAA